UUUGAACGUGUGAGUAUGUUGGUGAUUCUGCUCAACUGCGUGACUCUGGGAAUGUUCCAGCCAUGUCAGGACCUGGAGUGUCACUCAGACCGAUGCAGCAUACUGCAGGCGUUUGACGACUUCAUCUUUGCAUUCUUCGCGGUAGAAAUGGUCGUUAAAAUGGUCGCUUUGGGCAUUUUUGGACAGAGAUGUUACCUCGGCGACACGUGGAACCGGCUGGAUUUCUUUAUAGUCAUGGCAGGGAUGCUGGAGUACUCUCUAGAUGGACAUAAUGUUAGUUUCUCCGCUAUCAGGACUGUUCGUGUUCUUCGACCUCUACGCGCCAUCAAUAGAGUACCCAGUAUGCGUAUCUUGGUGACGUUGCUGUUGGACACGUUGCCAAUGCUGGGCAAUGUCUUGCUUUUGUGCUUUUUUGUUUUCUUCAUUUUUGGAAUCGUUGGCGUGCAGCUGUGGGCAGGCCUUCUCAGGAACCGCUGUUUCCUCGAUGAAAACGCAAAGAUGCAGUACAAUCUUUCCUUUCUAAGUCCAUAUUUUAAGUACGAGGAGAUGGAAGAUAUCCCAUUUAUCUGUUCCACUGAUCGGGAGAACGGGAUGCAACGUUGCUCUGAUGUCCCACACCUGAAGGAGAGAGGAGCCAAUUGUCAGUUUAACGGAGAUUACAUUGCAGAGUAUGGCCUCCACAGCUCUGCCCAUAAUGGAUGUGUGAAUUGGAACCAGUAUUACAACAACUGUAGAGCGUCAGAUGUUAAUCCUCACAACGGAGCCAUCAGCUUUGACAACAUCGGAUAUGCCUGGAUCGCCAUCUUUCAGGUGAUCACUCUCGAAGGAUGGGUAGAUAUUAUGUACGAUGUCAUGGAUGCGCACUCCUUCUACAACUUCAUAUACUUCAUCUUCCUCAUUAUUGUGGGCUCCUUCUUCAUGAUCAACCUGUGCCUGGUUGUCAUAGCGACGCAGUUCUCAGAGACGAAGCAACGUGAAAACCAGCUGAUGAAGGAACAGCGCACACGUUUCCGUAGUAAUGAGUCAACGCUGGCUAGUUUUGCCGAGCCGGGUUCCUGCUAUGAGGAAAUGUUGAAGUACAUCAGCCAUCUCUGUCGCAAGUUUGGACGUCAUGCCAACCACCUCUAUGGCUACCUGUGCUCCCGCCAUCCUGGCAAGAGUACCAAUCACAACGGCCAGGCAGUGGGCGGAAGCAUCAACGGACACUGGAGUUUAUAUUCAGGUGUGGGUGUAGACAGAGUGUGUGCUUGUGUGUGUGAGGAGUGUGGAGUCAGUUUGACCACCUCUGAUAUCCAGGAGGUUGGAGACAUCCUUGCCCACAGCUCAGACAACGAUUCUGACCCAGGCAAAAAGUCCAAAUCCAAACCGGGACAGCACUUACGCAGCCCCACGGGCAAAAAGCCCACCUGGAACCAGAUUUGGGACUCGGAACAGAACCCAAGUCAGAACUGGUUCAAGAACUGUAUUCUGAAAAUCAGAAGCAAACUGAGGUGUGUUGUCGACAGCAAAUACUUCAACAGGGGGAUUAUGAUAGCUAUUCUCAUUAAUACACUCAGCAUGGGAGUGGAGCAUCAUGAGCAGCCUGCUGAAUUAACUGAUGUUUUAGAGAUCAGUAAUAUUGUCUUCACCAGUAUGUUUGCCUUGGAGAUGCUGUUGAAACUGUUGGCCUAUGGCCUGUAUGGCUACAUCAGUAACCCUUACAACAUCUUUGAUGGGAUCAUUGUAAUUAUCAGUGUGUGGGAGAUCAUUGGCCAGGCAGAUGGAGGUUUUUCGGUUCUGCGUACGUUCCGUUUGCUGCGGGUUCUGAAGCUGGUCCGGUUCCUGCCGGCUCUCCGCAGACAGCUGGUGGUCCUGAUGAAGACCAUGGACAAUGUGGCUACUUUCUGCAUGCUCCUUAUGCUUUUCAUCUUCAUCUUCAGCAUUCUGGGGAUGCAUCUGUUUGGCUGUAAGUUUACCCUGAGACUGGAGAAUGGAGAUACAGUCUCAGACAGGAAGAACUUUGACUCUCUUCUCUGGGCCAUCGUCACUGUGUUCCAGAUUUUGACACAGGAAGACUGGAACGUUGUGUUAUACAAUGGCAUGGCCUCUACCACACCUUGGGCGGCGUUGUACUUCGUGGCUUUGAUGACAUUUGGGAACUACGUUUUGUUUAACUUGCUCGUGGCCAUCUUAGUGGAGGGUUUUCAGGCUGAGGGUGAUGCCAGUAGAUCGGACAUUGAUGAUGAUGGACUCUCCUCUCUUUACGAUGAUGAGGAAAAGCUAAGGGAGCUCUUAGUUUCAGGACCAGAGGUGAAAAUGCAGACACUCAUGCCUAUUCCAAAUGGAUGCUUGGAACCUCGCGCUGCCAUGCCACCACAAAACAUAAACACACACAGCUCAGCCUAUCCCAGGGCAGAACACACCCUUAUCUACAGCCAGUCACGGCGGAGUAGCAUAACCUCCAACGACCCCAACGGACACACCCAUGACCAGAGGUCCCUGUCCAGUCUGUGGGGAAGCCGCAGAUCAAGUUGGAACAGCCUAGGCCACGCCCCCAGCCUUAAGAGGCGUGGCCAGUCAGAUGAGCGCGAGUCCUUGUUGUCGGGGGAGGGGCACAGCAGUUCUGAUGAGGAGCAAUCAGAAGGAGGGAAGUCAAGCAGGACGGGCAGCAUGGGCGGAGUUUCGAGGCUGGAGUCUUUAGAUUACCCAGAGUUCCUGCAGGUUCCCGUGACGUCACACUCGUACAUGGAGUGCAACGGAGGACUGGACUACUCUUAUCCUCCCUCCCCAUAUUCUGUCCACUCUGGUACUGCCCUGCCAGACCUACAGCAGAGGCUGUCACACACAGGGGACGAGGAGCCACAAGAAGAGAACUGGUCUUUCCGACUGAAGAGGAUGCUGGAACCAUAUAAACCCCAGUGGUGCAGAGACCAUGAGGACUGGUCACUCUAUUUAUUCUCUCCACACAAUGAAUUUCGUAUGCGCUGUCAAAAGGCCCUCACCCAUAAGAUGUUUGAUCAUGUAGUUCUUAUCUUCAUCUUCCUUAACUGCAUCACCAUUGCUUUAGAGAGACCACAUAUUUCGUCCGACAGCAUGGAGCGUAUUUUUCUCAAUGUGUCAAACUACAUCUUCACCGUGAUCUUCGUGACCGAGAUGACACUUAAGGUGGUAGCAAUGGGACUAUAUGUUGGUCCAGACACAUACUUAAAGAGCAGCUGGAAUGUUCUGGAUGGCCUGCUGGUGUUUGUAUCUUUAGUGGACAUACUGUUUUCACUGGCCUCCUCUGGUGGGAACCGAAUACUGGGCAUUUUACGGGUACUGCGACUCCUUAGGACGCUUCGACCGCUCAGGGUGAUCAGCAGGGCCCCAGGGCUGAAGCUAGUGGUUGAGACGCUGAUAACAUCUCUGAGACCGAUCGGGAACAUUGUUCUCAUCUGCUGUGCCUUCUUCAUUGUGUUCGGCAUACUGGGAGUUCAGUUGUUUAAAGGUAAAUUUUAUCACUGUGAGGGAUUUGACACCAGAAACAUCACCAACAAAUCAGAGUGUGUGCAGGCUAACUACCGCUGGGUCCGCAGGAAAUACAACUUCGACAACCUUGGACAGGCGCUGAUGACUUUGUUCGUUCUGGCCUCUAAAGAUGGUUGGGUUAACAUCAUGUAUGAUGGACUGGAUGCAGUUGCAGUUGACCAACAGCCAGUGAGAAACCAUAAUCCCUGGAUGUUGCUGUACUUUAUCUCGUUCCUGUUAAUCGUCAGCUUCUUUGUGCUGAACAUGUUUGUUGGUGUGGUGGUGGAGAACUUCCAUAAGUGCCGACAGGACCAGGAAGAGGAGGAGGCUCGCCUAAGGGAGGAGAGGAGACAGAGACGCAUGGAGAAAAAACGCAGGAAAGCCCUUCAAAGACCUUAUUAUGCUGACUACUCUCCUGCACGUCUUUACAUACACACUGUUUGCACCAGUCACUAUCUGGACCUCUUCAUCACUGUCAUCAUCACCAUCAAUGUUAUCACCAUGUCUAUGGAGCAUUACAACCAACCGAAGUAUCUGGAGGAGGCUCUGAAAUACUGUAACUACGUCUUUACCUUUGUGUUUGUCAUUGAGGCUGUGUUGAAGCUCAUUGCCUUUGGCCUGAGGAGAUUCUUCAAAGAGAGGUGGAAUCAGUUAGACCUGGCCAUUGUUCUGCUGUCCAUUAUGGGCAUUACACUGGAGGAGAUCGACCUCAAUGCUUCAUUGCCCAUCAACCCAACCAUCAUACGUAUUAUGAGAGUACUACGCAUUGCUAGAGUGUUAAAACUGCUUAAGAUGGCCAAAGGAAUGAGAUCUCUACUGGACACAGUGGUGCAAGCUUUACCCCAGGUGGGGAAUUUGGGUUUGCUGUUUAUGCUGCUUUUCUUUAUCUACGCUGCUCUCGGAGUGGAACUCUUCGGAAAACUCAAGUGUUCGGAUGAGAGCCCGUGCGAGGGCCUGAGCAAACACGCCAACUUUGAGAACUUUGGCAUAGCCUUCCUCACCCUCUUCAGAGUGUCCACCGGAGACAACUGGAACGGUAUCAUGAAGGACACGCUGAAGGAGUGUAGAGGUGGAGACGGGUGUCUGAGUUACCUCCCGUUACUGUCUCCGCUGUACUUCGUCACGUUCGUCCUCAUCGCUCAGUUCGUCCUGGUCAACGUCGUGGUGGCAGUGCUGAUGAAGCAUCUGGAGGAGAGCAAUAAGGAGGCGCGGGAGGAGGCAGAGAUGGAGGCCGAGAUAAAGGAGGAAUUACAGAUGGGCAGACGUCAGAGUAACGCCUCACGGGGUGGGGCGACUGGAUCUGAGAACAUUGCAACAUACGAUGAUUCUCGCCAUGGCAACCUGCUUUCUGUUUCAAGGCCGCCCGUCACCAGGAUGCUGUCCUUACCCAAUGACAGCUAUAUGUUCCACACUGUUAGACCAGGAAGAGCCCAGUACUCUAGAAAAGAGUCUAUGGAACAGAACCAGCUCACAGGAUCUGCUGUGUCUGUGAGCUCGCAGCCUUGUGAACACUCCUCUACACUUCAGGAUCCUGGGACCUUAUCACAGCCAGGCCCCGCCUCUUCCUCUGAGCUCCACCCACUGGCCCAGACGACACCAUUUAGAGGUAGCAAGGCACUCAAGACCCUUCGGAGACAGGAGGCAAUAAAGAUGGAUUCAAUUGACUGUGGCUCCAAAGACAACCUUUUUUUACCCACAGUGCAUCACUCCAGUGAUAGCCUUUUACUCACAGUACCCAGCACGCCUACUGCCAUAGGCUCCGCCCCAUGCUCCCCCCAUUCCACGCCUCGUCUUCCUCCUCGCGGGCGGACAGCCAGCGUACACACGCCUGGACAGAUGUUCAGCCAACGCAGCAUCCCUCACUGGGGACCUCAACACACACACAUCUCACACAACCACACAAAUUCGGACACAGACAAAUGUACUCCAAAUGCAGACACGCACGUAUACGAGCCCAGACAAAACCAAGAUACAGAUGAGGCAGACGAGGAGGUCAGACAGAUCACAAGCUCCACCCAGAGCAAUGACUGUUCCCAACAUGGUAUAUAUAGCCACGCCCCCUCGUGUUAUGCCCCUCCCUGCAGCGUUCCUGAUUCACAGUCUGGCUCACUGCAGGGCUGUGGUGGUACGAAAAGCAGACAGUGUGUCAGAGGAUUGGACCUUAUGAAGAGUUACAGUGUAGACACACACAGCUAUGUGGUACUGCCCCCUGGACCAUACGGCAAAUCAAAAAAGGGGGAGGAGCUUUUGAUACAGCAACCAGUGGAUGAACCAAAGACAUUGUUUUCUUCAUCCAACGGUCAGCCAACAUGUCUUUUGUCCAGGAAGGAAAAGAUGAGCCCACCCUGUAUCUCUGUCGAUUCACCAGUAGAUACAGAUCACCAGUCUCUGUCCUCCAAUCAGAGGAACAGUAACAUUCUGAGGAGGCGGACAACAUCGUUUGACUCUGCGCUGCCACAGGACUCGUUAGAAAUUCCCGAUGCUUUUUCAAUCACAGAGACACACCCUCAGGCUGAGUCACGUCUGUCGGGCCACCUGCCCCUCCCACAGCUCUCUUUCGACCAAUCAGACGUGGACGCCAUGAGCAGCCUGUCGGAUCUCUUAUCAGACAGCGACCAAUCAGCACACUCCCUUCAGCCAGAGGCCCAAUCAGAGUCCAAGGGUUCUGGCAAAGCUGUGGUUCAGACUCCACCCAGAAAGAGGGGAUUGAUGCGAAUGGGCAGCACCAGAAACCCUACAGGGGACGAGUGCAGUCAGAGAGGAGAUACGCUGAGUGACAUUUAA